AUGGUGGUUUACAGUAAGUUAUGUUUUUAGAACAUUCUAAAUUCAUCCCGGAACCAUUUGUCGGCGGCCCUUGUGCGUACACGGACAUGUUUUUCCGAUACACUGGUUCAAAGACGCAACGUUUGAAAUGGCUGUUACCCUUCAAACAGACCUUGGAGAAAUUAAGAUCGAAUUGUUUUGUGAGCGGGCACCGAAAACAUGUGAGAACUUUCUUGCCUUGUGUGCCAGCGGGUUCUACACCGGCUGUGUCUUCCACCGCAAUAUUAAGGGGUUCAUGGUUCAGACCGGAGAUCCUACAGGCACAGGCAAAGGAGGAACAAGUAUAUGGGGUCGCAAAUAUGAAGACGAGUUCAGUGAACAUCUAAAACAUAAUGUGAGGGGGGUGGUCUCGAUGGCAAACAACGGCCCCAACACAAAUGGAUCCCAGUUCUUCUUCACAUAUGCCAAACAGCCGCAUCUGGACAUGAAGUACACCGUGUUUGGAAAAAUCAUCGACGGCCUGGAAACACUGGAUGAACUGGAGAAACUUCCUGUCAAUGAGAAGACAUUUCGACCACUGACGGAAACCCGAAUAAAGGACGUGACGAUUCAUGCCAAUCCUUUUGCUGGAUAGACACUUUUCUCUUCAAGUGUGUAAAUAGGCCGUUAAGACAAACUUGGACCCUACUAUUUCCAAUAAGCCUGUUGAAAAAUAUGUCAUUGAAAAAAUACCAUGCUUUAGUUACAAUAGAUGACCUGUCAGAGGCUAGAAACCAGAUUAAAAGCCCCAAGACAUCAACUGACUCUAUUUAUGUUAUGCUGAGCAACCCCCCCCCAAAAAAAGUACCACCAAAAUAAAUAUGACUCAUAAGUUGUUAUGCGUUUACAAAAACAAACAAACCUAGUGGUAAAUAAGAGAAUACUUUCAUUGCUGUCCAUGGAGUAGUGCUAGACCUUUCCAGAUGGUAUACUUGUUGUUGUAUGACAUUCUCUGCAUUACAAUUUAUGGGUCACCCUUUUCUAUUUGUCGUUCAGUUUAGUCAAAAGGGAAAAUGGCCGACAACUGCAGACUAAUCUUUAAUUUUUUUUUCAAGAAAGAAAAUGAAUGCAUUGUCAAUGUUUUGUACUAAAUAAACAUUUUGUAAAGAA